AUGGGUGCAUGUGAGAGCAAAGUCAUUAACAAAGAUUUGCGACAUUACCUGAGCCUUCAAUUCCAGAAAGGAUCAGUUGAUCACAAACUGCAGCAAGUGAUCAGAGAUAAUCUCUACUUGAGAACCAUUCCAUGCACUACAAGGGCCCCCAGGGAUGGGGAAGUCCCAGGGGUGGACUAUAAUUUCAUUUCUGUUGACCAGUUCAAAGCACUGGAGGAGAGUGGCGCAUUGUUAGAGAGUGGAACGUAUGAUGGAAACUUCUAUGGAACCCCCAAGCCUCCAGCAGAGCCCAGCCCUUUCCAGCCAGACCCUGUUGAUCAAGUUCUCUUUGACAAUGACUUUGACACUGAAUCCCAAAGGAAGAGAACUACCUCUGUCAGCAAGAUGGAAAGGAUGGACAGCUCUCUUCCUGAAGAGGAAGAAGAUGAAGACAAAGACGCUGUUAAUGGCAGUGGACCCACAGAAAACAGAGAGAGGCAUUCGGAGUCACCAGACUGGAUGAAGACUGUUCCAAGUUAUAACCAAACAAAUAGCUCCAUGGACUUUAGAAAUUAUAUGAUUAGAGACGAAAACCUGGAACCACUACCCCCAAACUGGGAAAUGGCCUACACAGACACAGGAAUGAUCUACUUCAUUGACCACAACACCAAAACAACUACCUGGUUGGAUCCUCGUCUUUGUAAGAAAGCCAAAGCCCCUGAAGACUGUGAAGAUGGAGAGCUUCCUUACGGUUGGGAGAAAAUAGAAGACCCUCAGUACGGGACAUACUAUGUUGACCACCUUAACCAGAAAACCCAGUUUGAAAAUCCAGUGGAAGAAGCCAAAAGGAAAAAGCAGCUAGGACAGGCCGGGAUUGCACCCUCAAACCCAGAUGUGGAAAAAUCACACUUUACUCGGGACCCAUCCCAACUUAAAGGUGUUCUAGUUCGAGCAUCACUGAAAAAAAGCACAAUGGGAUUUGGCUUUACCAUUAUUGGUGGAGACAGGCCUGAUGAGUUCCUCCAGGUGAAAAACGUGCUGCACGAAGGCCCUGCUGCUCAGGAUGGGAAGAUCGCACCAGGUGAUGUGAUUGUGGACAUCAACGGCAGCUGUGUCCUGGGUCACACCCAUGCAGAUGUUGUCCAGAUGUUUCAGUUGGUGCCUAUCAAUCAGUAUGUCAACCUCACUUUGUGUCGUGGUUACCCACUCCCCGAUGACAGUGAAGACCCUGUGGUGGACAUUGUCACUGCUACCCCUAUCAUCAAUGGACAGUCCUUAACAAAAGAAGAAACAUGCGUGACCGCUCAGGACUUGAAGCCAGGAACCGUGGCUCUGGACCAGAAUGGAAAAUCAGGACACGUAUUGAUGAGUGAUUGUCUUGAUGGACCAUCAGAUCUGGGUGAACAGAGAACAUCCGUGGCCUCUUCCGGCAGCUCCCAGCCAGAACUAGUGACUAUCCCUUUGAUCAAGGGCCCCAAGGGCUUCGGCUUUGCAAUUGCUGACAGCCCCACUGGGCAGAAGGUUAAGAUGAUACUGGACAGUCAGUGGUGCCAAGGCCUUCAGAAAGGGGAUAUAAUCAAGGAAAUUUAUCAUCAGAAUGUGCAGAAUUUAACACAUCUCCAGGUGGUGGAAGUGCUAAAGCAGUUCCCAGUAGGUGCAGAUGUGCCUCUGCUUAUCUUAAGAGGAGGUCCUCCUUCACCAUCUAAAACUGCCAAAAUGAAAACAGAUAAGAAAGAAAUUUCAGGAAGUUUGGAGGCCAUAAACGAGUCCAUUCCCCAGCCGAUGCCUUUCCCACCCAGCAUUAUCCGGUCAGGAUCUCCGAAAUUAGAUCCUUCUGAGGUCUACCUGAAAUCUAAGAGUUUAUAUGAAGACAAACGACCCCGAGCCUCACUCACAUACCUUCAGUAUUCACUCAGUUUUUUUCCUAGCUGUGAAGGUGUCGGCCAUCCUAUAUACAUUGGGGCCAUCAUUCCCCUGGGAGCUGCUGAGAAAGAUGGCCGGCUCCGUGCUGCAGAUGAGCUGAUGUGCAUUGAUGGGAUUCCUGUCAGAGGGAAGUCACACAAACAGGUCUUGGACCUCAUGACCACCGCAGCACGGAAUGGCCAUGUGCUACUGACUGUCAGAAGAAAGAUCUUCUGUGAAGAGACACAGCCUGAGGAUGACGUCCCCAAAGCCUUCCCUUCAUCGCAGAACGGAUCUCCCCAUCUGAACCGAGCAGAGCUCCCAGCGAGGUCUGCUCCCCAGGAGGCUUAUGAUGUUGUCUUACAACGAAAAGAGAAUGAAGGAUUUGGCUUCGUCAUCCUCACCUCCAAAAACAAGCCACCUCCUGGAGUUAUUCCUCACAAAAUUGGCCGUGUCAUAGAAGGAAGCCCGGCGGACCGCUGUGGAGAACUGAGAGUUGGCGAUCGUAUUUCUGCAGUGAAUGGGCAGUCCAUCGUUGAGCUCUCCCAUGACAGCAUUGUGCAGCUGAUCAAAGAUGCUGGAGUCACGGUCACACUGACCGUGGUCGUUGCGGAAGAGGAGCAUCACGGCCCACCAUCAGGAACGAGCUCCGCCAGACAAAGCCCAGCUCUGCAGCACAGACCUGCGGGGCAGACACAGGCCCGUCACCCGCCUGUAGACAGAAUGGCCUUGGAAGGAGAAGGUGGAAAAGACGGGCCCGUCUCCUACAGACACUCGUGGUCCGACCACAAGCACCUUGCGCAGCCCGACACUGCCGUGAUCUCGGUGGUGGGUGGCCGGCAGAGUCAGAGCCUGGGCUGCUGCCCCGUGGAACUGGAGCGAGGCCCUCGGGGCUUUGGCUUCAGCCUCCGAGGCGGGAAGGAGUACAACAUGGGGCUAUUCAUCCUCCGCCUUGCUGAGGACGGGCCUGCCAUCAGAGACGGCAGGAUUCAUGUCGGUGACCAGAUUGUGGAAAUCAAUGGGGAACCCACACAAGGCAUCACCCACACUCGAGCCAUCGAGCUCAUACAGGCUGGAGGAAAUAAAGUGCUGCUUCUCCUGAGGCCAGGAUCCGGCCUGAUUCCUGACCACGGUGACGGGGACACGAGUAGCCCUCCGUCUCUCAGUGUGAUCUACGAGGAGCAGCCUCCGUGCCCCUCCUCUCCACACACCGCUCCCGCAUGUGGAGAGGCAGAGCUGAAGGACGCCGGCCCCGAGAAGAAAAGCACUUCACAUGAGCACCAGCCGGAACUAACGCAUCAGCCUCCUCUCCAGAAAACUGUGAACAGGAGAGGUCCACACCACAGUGACAAGAAGUAUCUCCUAAAGGUAGAAGACGGUGGAAUGCCACGAGGCAGAUCUGCAAGUCCCAAAAAGUCAGCUAACCAACAUCCAGAGGAACAUCUGGGGAAGAGUCCCAGUCCUCAGAAAGAUGGCCUCAAAGGGAGACCCAGAGACGGCUCGCUCAGCCCUAGGAAAGGGGAGAGUAAAGGCCAGGUGGGCACCAGGUCGGCCUCUGGACAGGGCCACAGCCACGGCAGGAAAAGCAGGGCGCGCUCCUCCAGCCCCAAGAAGCCGCACGACCUGGCUGGUGCCGGAACCAAAUCCCUAGACGCGGGCAGGGCUGGUGACAGGGCAGAACAGUUCUCUGCUGCAAGAGAGAAAGCCGGUGCCAGCAGGAAAGAUCUGAAGCCAAGUCCACUGGGGACAAACAGAGCCAGGUCACCAGAGAGUAAGAGCAAGAGAAUGGAGGCCAAGUCGACCAAAAAGACCUUGAGCACUGCUAGUGGGGCAGAGCCUGAAGAGGGGACGGAAGGGCAGGCAGCCUCUAGAGAAAGGAGUUCCAGUAGAGAGAAGCCAGGAGGGAGCCUGCAAACGUUAGAGGAGAGGACUGCACUCAGUCAGGACACUCAGAGAGGGAGAGAGGCAGUGGUGGCCGACCAGGGCCAGGAGGGCACUCGGAAAAUGCCCAUAACCCCAGGGCCCUGGAAGGUGCCAGGCGCUAACAGAGCCACAGGGGCUGCAGGUGUGGCUGAGAAGCGGCCGUGACCCAAGUCGUUAUCUUCUCACAAAAAAAGCAUUUCCAAAAGCAGUUUUCCACAAGUUAGAAUACCCGAGCACAUUUUAAUUUGAGUAUCCACUUGGACCGCAUGCAGGACCUUUGCCACUGCUCAGCGCCUCCCCAGGGCAGCCUCUCCAGACAGCGUGGUGACACAUUCUAGCCUGUGG